UCGCUCUUCGUUACUGUACUCAAGCUUCCAAUAUGGUUUACCGCUUGAAGAUUCAUAAAAACAUCUCAAUUCGACUCUUCAACGCUUCCAAGUUUCCGGAUGGGCACUUAUAGCGUUAUUCAUCGUGCGCAGAGGACCUCUGGUGCGCCUCACACAGCUACCACAUUUGCGGUAGUAUUGCAAGUUCUAGAAACCACCAUCGCAGAGGAUGUCACUUCUGCGCAUUGGCAAUUGGUGCACAGGUGUUGUGUUUGGCUUGUGUUUACGCACACUGCCCAACGGCAACAUGCCUUCAGCGGUUCUACCACCGACUCGUUGUUUACCCAUUAUAUCCUCUGUUCAAGUGCAAGUCAACCAAGAGGUUGGAGUCAAUGAACUACGAUGGGUGGCUACUUUUUCUUCCUCACCUUCUGGGCCCUCCAUUUGGAGCACCCCCGACUAUGGGCUUGUCCAGGGAUGAGGGGCCAUCGAUGACUUCCGCAGCGCAGCGUCCCCUGAGAAGAGAUCGAGGGUGAUGUU